AAAACCCAUUCCAACAGCACAACAAACCCACCCCAUGAACCCCGACGAAGACUCACCAACCCCACGUCCCAUAGCAAACCUACCGCCGGAACUCCACCUCCUCAUCGCCACACACCUCCCACAACUCCCCGACCUCUCCCGCGCGCACCUCGCCCAAACAAACUACUACUUCCACACCCUCCUCCCCCGCCCCACGCACGCCGACUUGCUCGCCGCCGAGCUCGACCCCCUCGCCAUUGCCAACGACCUCUACGCCUGCCGGUACUGUCUGCGGCUGCGGCGGGUGACGCACUUCGCGGACCGGAUGGUGCGGCGCGGCCGGGGCCGGUUUGGGGCGGCGCGGGAGCGCGCGAAGCGGUUUUGCUUGGAGUGUGGGAUUUGCCCCAGGGAUCAAGGCUUGGGAAAUGGAGGGGUGGGGGAGGGCGCUGGACAGGCCCAGGCUCAAACUGAAGUGCAAGCUCAAGCUGAAGGAAAGGCGUGGGGCGAAGCGCGGUACGGGUAUGGGGAUCUGGUGCGCGUGCAGGGGGAGUGGAGGGUGUUCUGUGGGCGGUGUCGGGGGUUGCGGCGCGUGGUUCCUCUCUCUCAACCGGCGGCAUCCGGGAAAGGGAGGGGCAGCAGGGGGCAUCCCCCAAAGCUGCAGGUGUGGGAGGAAGAGCAGGGGAUGGGGAUGCGCUUGGGAAGGGACCUGGGGUGUGAGGGGUGUUUGUCUGUCUCCCGUCAGGGAUUGGGAGGCUGA